UGUUGUUCCACUUGCAAUGCCUAGUUAUCCAGCCUACCAUCUCUACAUGGAGCUUUUUCUAACUGCAGUUUUACAGAGACAAAGUAAAUUUAAAAACAGCAUUUGCAGAGGAUUAAUUUACUGAUCCUGAGAGAUAAAAAAAGAACAAAAGCCAUAUUAUUUGUACUAUGACUAGUCAAGAAGAAACUCAGACAGACCUUCACCACUGCUUAGUGUGUGGAAAGAGUUUCUUUCAAGAGAAGGAUCUCACAGCACACCAGCUUAUCCACAUACCAGACAAACCACAUCAGUGCUCAGAAUGUGGAAAGAGUUUCAUUUAUAAAUGUCGUUUGCAACAACAUCAGCGCGUUCACACAGGAGAGAAGCCGUAUCAGUGCUCACAGUGUGGAAAGAGUUUCAUUUCUAAAAGUCAUCUGAAACAACAUCAGCGCACUCAUACAGGAGAGAAGCAGCAUCAGUGCUCACAGUGUGGAAAGAGUUUUGCUAAUAUGCGAAAUUUGAAAGUACACCAGCACAUCCAUGCUGGUGAAAAGCCGUACCAGUGCUCACAGUGUGGAAAGGGUUUUGGUGAUGAGAGUCAUUUCCAACGGCACCAAUGCAUUCACAAAGGGGAGAUGCUGUAUCAGUGCUCACAGUGUGGAAAGAGUUUCAAUUAUAAAUAUCUUCUACAACAACAUCAGCGCGUUCACACAGGAGAGAAGCCGUAUCAGUGCUCACAGUGUGGAAAGGGUUUCAUUCAAAAAUAUUGUCUUCAACAACAUCAGCGCAUUCACACAGAAGACAGGCCGUAUCAGUGCUCACAGUGUGGAAAGGGUUUUACUCAAUCGAAGUAUCUCACGGCACACCAGCUCAUCCACAGCCAAGAAAAACCACAUCAGUGCUCAAAGUGUGGAAAAAGUUUCAUUUUUAAGUAUCGUCUCCAACAACACCAGCGCAUUCAUACACGAGAGAACCCGUAUCAGUGCUCACAGUGUGGAAAGAGUUUUAGUCAAGAGAAGGAUCUCACAGCACACCAGCUCAUCCACAAACAAGACAAACCACAUCAGUGCUCACAGUGUGGAAAGAGUUUCAAUCAUAAAUAUAAUCUCAAGCAACAUCAGCGUAUUCACACUGGAGACAAACCGUAUCAUUGUUCUCAGUGUGGGAAGAGUUUUACUCAAAGCAGCACUCUUCUGCAACAUCAGCGUAUUCAUACUGGAGAAAAGCCGUAUCAGUGCUCCCAGUGUGGAAAGAGUUUUACUCAAAAGGUUGCUCUCCAGCGCCAUCAGCAGAUUCACACUGGAGAAAAGCCGUAUCAAUGUUCACAGUGCGGACGCACCUACAAGCAAAAGGGUUGUCUUAAGAUUCACCAGCGCAUUCACACAGGAAAGAAGCCAUAUCAAUGCUCACAGUGUGGGAAAGGAUUUCCUUGGCAGUUUAAUCUAAAUCAGCAUCAGCGCAUCCAUACAGGAGGGAAGCCAUAUCAAUGCUCACUGUGUGGAAAGAGCUUUAUUAACAUAAGUCAUUUCAAUUAUCACCAACUGAUUCACAAAGAAGAGACGCCAUAUCACUGCUCACAGUGUGGAAAGGGUUUUAAGCUAGAGCGUUUGCUCCAACAACAUCAGCGCAUUCACACUGGAGACAAACCGUAUCACUGUUCACAGUGUAGGAAGAGUUUUAAUCACAAGGGUUCUCUCCAGCGACAUCAGCGCAUUCACACUGGAGAGAAACCGUAUUCCUGCUCACAGUGUGGAAAGGGCUUUAGAUAUUUGAGCAGUUUCCAAUAUCACCAGCGCAUUCACACUGGAGAGAAGCCAUAUAUCUGCUCACAGUGUGGGAAGAGCUUUAGAUAUUUGAGCAGUUUCCAAUAUCACCAGCGCAUUCACACUGGAGAGAAGCCAUAUUCCUGCUCCAUAUGUGGAAAGAGUUUUAUUCACAGAAGCUUUUUACAAAAACAUCUAUGCAUGCAUAAGUAGUCUCAAGGUACAAGCCCCCGAGGGACGGCUUUAGGGCCACAAACUGUGAUGCAAUACACUCACCUAAAGGAUUAUUAGGAACACCACACUAAUACGGUGUUUGACCCCCUUUUGCCUUCAGAACUUAAUUCUACGUGGCAUUGAUUCAACAAGGUGCUGAAAGCAUUCUUUAGAAAUGUUGGCCCAUAUUGAUAGGAUAGCAUCUCGCAGUUGAUGGAGAUUUGUGGGAUGCACAUCCAGGGCACGAAGCUCCCGUUCCACCACAUCCCAAAAAUGCUCUAUUGGGUUGAGAUCUGGUGACUGUGGGGGCCAUUUUAGUACAGUGAACUCAUUGUCAUGUUCAAGAAACCAAUUUGAAAUGAUUUAAGCUUAGUGAUAUGGUGCAUUAUUCUGCUGGAAGUAGCCAUCAGAGGAUGGGUACAUGGUGGUCAUAAAGGGAUGGACAUGGUCAGAAACAAUGCUCAGGGAGCCCAUGGCAUUUAAACGAUGCCCAAUUGGCACUAAGGGGCCAAAAGGGUGCAAAUUGUAGCCUCUUUUUCCUAUUUGUAGUGGAGAUGAGUUAUACCCAGUGGGGUCUUCUGCUGUUGUAGUCCAUCUGCCUCAAGGUUGUGCGUGUUGUGGCUUCACAAAUGCUUUGCUGCAUACCUCGGUUGUAAUGAGUUGUUAUUUUAGUCAAAGUUGCUCUUCUAUUAGCUUGAAUCAGUCGGCCUUUUCUCCUCUGACCUCUAGCAUCAACAAGGCAAUGUUUUUCCCUUUUCACACCAUUCUUUGUAAACCCUAGAAAUGAUUGUGCGUGAAAAUCCCAGUAACUGAGCAGAUUGUGAAAUACUCAGACCGGCCCGUCAGGCACCAACAACCAUGCCACGCUCAAAAUUGCUUAAAUCACCUUUCUUUCCCUUUCUGACAUUCAGUUUGGAGUUCAGGAGAUUGUCUUGACCACGACCACACCCCUAAAUGCAUUGAAGCAACUGCCAUGUGAUUGGUUGAUUAGAUAAUUGCAUUAAUGAGAAAUUGAACAGGUGUUCCUAAUAAUCCUUUAGGUGAGAGUGUAUAUGAAACACAUGUGGUGAGGACAUUGAUGGACUUGCCUCACUAUGGUGCUAAGGCACUAUGGAGAGGGUGAAUGAAAUAAAAAUAAUUUUUAAUAACUUUAAUGUAUCCUGCUCUGUCCUUCUCCAGUUCAAUGGUAACAAUUGGAACUGUGGCAGCUUUCUGUUUGUCCUUGGUCUUUAGCUCCAAUAAACAUAACAGUACAUACUGCGAUGCCAUUUUAAGCUUAUUCCCACUCUCCCCUCUUUCCCUAGCUUACCUCUGUUCCCUGGUUACUGGAUCCUUUGCAGGUUUUUGUAUCAGAACUAUAUAGAGGUGGAUGAUGCAGUAAUUACCCUGUUACAUAAAGCUUUUUCAAACCUGGACAUGGUAAGGAUUAUGUUUGUUUGAUUUUUUAAGUGCUUUUAAGACCAUACAGCAGAAGCUGCUGGGUAGAGAUGCUGGUGAAAAAAUGAAUUAUUGCACAAUAAUCCAGAAUGUAAACAUAAAAAAAUCUAGAAUGCAAAGUGCAGCAUAAUGUAAAUAUAGCGAAAGUGUAGAAUGCAAAAUAUUCUUUGAAUAGACAGAUACUGAAGUAUACAGAGAAUGUAAACCUGUAGAUAUGGGUAUAAAAUGCUAGAUCAGAUUGGUGCCAUCCUUUAGUGUGUGUGUGUGUGUAUGUGUGUUGUUUAUGAACCUGGCACCUCUACUAAACCGUGCAUGCGGACUAAUAAACAGAGAUGCAUUUUCCUUAGCUUCACUCUCGUGAAAACGACAUUUAGAGAACGGCUCAUUCGUGAAAGGUUGUCCACAUAACGCUAAUCUUUUAUGGAUUCUAAAUUGACACUGUAACCACUUUUUUAA